AUGGCCUUACCAAAAAAAGCUCUGAUAGCCGUAACCUCUUACAACGGUGUCUUCUACGCUGAUGGCUCCAAGACCGGUGUGUUUGUCGUGGAAGCUUUGCACCCUUUCCAAACUUACAAGUCCAAGGGUUUCGAAGUGGAAUUUGUCUCUGAGACCGGCACUUUUGGCUGGGACGAGCACUCUCUAGCCCCAGACUUUUUGAACGGCGACGACAAAAAAGCUUUUGACGAUAAAAACUCUGAUUUCAACAAGCAUUUGCAGAAUAUAAAGAAAGCUAGUGAGGUCAACGGUGAUGAUUACUCUAUCUUCUUUGCUUCCGCUGGUCACGGGACUUUGUUCGAUUACCCAACAGCUUCUGGGCUUCAGCAUCUAGCCGCGAAGAUAUACCAGAAUGGAGGUGUUGUUGCUGCCGUGUGUCACGGUCCAGCUAUUUUCGAAAACUUGAUCGACUUGGACACCGAAAAGAAUAUCAUAGACGGCAAGGCCAUCACAGGGUUCACAGAUAUUGGCGAAGUUCAAUUAAGCGUUGAUAAUUUGAUCAAGGAGAAAAAACUCAACACUAUCGAAGACACAGCUAGAUUGAGCGGUGCUAAGUAUUUGGCCCCCAUCGGACCAUGGGACGACUUCUCCAUUACUGACGGUCGUGUCGUCACCGGUGUGAACCCUGCUUCUGCCCAUUCCACCGCCAUCAGAUCGAUCAACGCUUUGAGCGCUUGA